GCUGCAACAUGGCGAUGUCCAUGACAGAUCUACCACAUUGACUUCGUCUGGAGGUUUGCACGCCAGUUAUAUAAAAUAUUAUGAGAGAUUGUCAGCAGAUGUCUUCAACCUGAAAUCCUCGUCAGUUGACAUUCAACGAAGUGAACUACGGAUAAACAGAUCAUGGCGCUUCACAGACUGUCCUUCAGACUACGGCAAACGAUUCCACAUGUAAGGCCUCUUCAUACCAGUGCAUGUGGGCAGCAGCAGGAGGCGUUGGCUGUACCGUUCGCUGUACAGUCAGAACCAGAGCCCUUCUCAGUUUUCAGAACUCAGGAGACUGAUCCAGCAUGCCAGUCAGAGAGACAUAUCGGACAGUAUUACACCCUGCGCCCUGGGGAAGUUCACACUCUGUUCCCUCAUGGCCUCCCCCGACGCUUUCAGAAACAGGUAAAGACGUUUAAUGAAGCCUGCAUGAUGGUGAGGCAGCCUGCUCUAGAGGUCAUCUCUUACCUAAAGAAAACAGACUCCAGCAAGCCUCCCAUGCGAUAUUUAUUCUAUGGGCCAAAGGGCACUGGGAAGACGAUGUCUCUCUGUCACACUGUCCACUUCUGCUACACACAGGGAUGGGUGGUGCUGCAUAUUCCUGACGCUCAUCUCUGGGUGAAGAACUGUAAAGAGCUGCUUCCCUCAGUUUUCAACAACUCUCGCUUUGAUCAGCCAUUACAAGCCACUGAAUGGUUGCGCAACUUCAAAACCUCCAAUGAGCGAUUCCUUUCAAAGAUCAAAACAAAGCAUCGCUACAUGUGGACAAAGAGAGAGUUCACUGAGGAGGGAAGCUCACUAGGAGAGAUGGUGGAGCAGGGCAUAUCUCGUGUGAAGAGCAGCAGCGAUGUUGUGGGGGCUUUGUUUAAGGAGCUGAGGCUGCAGAGUGGACAGCCUGGGUCAGACUUCCGCCUGGCUGUGGCUGUCGAUGGUGUCAACGCCCUGUGGGGGAAAUCCACUAUCAAAAAGGAGGAUAAGAGCCAAGUGAAUCCAGAUGAGCUUACUUUGGUUCAUAAUCUGAGGAAAAUGAUGAGGAACGACUGGACUGGAGGCGCCAUCAUCGCCACUCUCUCUCAGACGGGGUCUGUCUUCACUUCAAGAUCUGAGUAUUUGCCUCAAGAGCUACUAGGAGAGAGGGGGUUUGACCACAUGGACCCAUUCAUCCCGGUGUCAGUGCCCAACUACAGUGAAAAAGAGUUUGAGAGCUGUUACCUCUACUAUAUGGACCGGCACUGGCUGCAGCAUCCACAGAGUCAAACAGAGGAAGGAAAGAAAGAAAUUACCUUCCUGAGCAACAGAAAUCCUUCAAUGAUGGAAAGACUUUGUGCCACCCUCUGAAGCUACAUAAAGAUGGGACCUACAAACAUAAACAUCAGUGUCUAUAAUACAUUAAUAUACAAAUAGCCAUGUCUGUAAUACCUGCCCCACUGUAAAUUAUGAUGUGUGUGUGUAACUUUGAUAAUAAAAUCUUAAAUUACA